GGCGAGAGCGCCGCCCCUGGUCCCCGGCCAGCGUAUAAAGGCCGGCGCGCACGCUGCACCCCAGCUGCGCCGAGCCUGCGCCUCCGCCUCUGCUCCGCCCGCCCGCGAUGGCUGCGCUGCCGCCCGCGCUGCUCGCCCUGCUGGGCGGCGUCGUCUCAGUCAUGGCCAGUGACCUGCAGGUAUCAGUGUCCCCCAGCAAGGCCACCGUGCCCCGAGGAGCCUCCGUCCUGGUGAACUGCAGUUUCUCUGGCUGUGACAGAGAGCAGAAUCCGGGCCGGAAACUGGGCCUGGAGACGGAAUUGACAAAAGUCGUCGUGGACACGGGGCCCACCUGGCAGCUCUUCAACCUGACGGAGGUCCUCGAAGACAGCCGGCCGCUGUGCUUCCUGACCUGUUCCCCAGAGAGGCAGGCGACAGCCACAGUCUCCCUGACUGUGUAUGCCUUCCCUGAGCACGUGGAGCUGGAACAACCCCUGCAGCCCUGGUACCCUGCCGGCGAGAGCGUCACCCUGCGCUGCCGCGUGGCAGGCGGGACACCCCGGGACCGGCUGGCCGUGGUGCUGCUGCGGGGCCAGGAGGAGCUGAGCCGGCAGCAGGUCGUCCAGGGAGGGGGCCAGCGGGCGUCCAGCCAGCAGCAGGUCAUCGGGGAGCCCGAGGAGCCCGUGGAGUCCGUGGAGUUCACUGUACCGGUGGGCAGAGGCGACCACGGAGCCAACUUCUCGUGCCGCACGGAGCUGGACCUCCGACCCGAAGGCCUAGAGCUGUUUGUGAACACCUCGGCCGCCAGGCAGCUGCAGACAUUUGUCCUGCCAGCCACCCCUCCAGAACUUGUCACCACCAGGACCCUGGAGGUGGGCACCCGGCAGCAGGUCACCUGCUCGCUGAGUGGGCUGUUUCCCGCCUCGGAGGCCAAGGUCCACCUGGCGCUGGGGGACCUCCAGCUGAAUGCCACAGUCACAUACCACGAUGACUCCCUGACCGCCUCGGCCUGGCUGGAGGCGACUGCGCAGGAGGAGGGCGACCGGCAGCUGGUGUGUGCCAUCCUGCUAGGGAACCGCAGCAGAGCGUCCCGGAGCAAACUGAUCGUCUACAGCUUUCCCGAACCGGUCCUGACGCUGAAUGCCACCGAGGUCUCUGAAGGGGAUGUGGUGAUGGUGAACUGUGAAACGCACUCUGGCGCCAUUGCAACACUCAGUGAGGGCACAGCCGUGCUACCGGCCCCCCACUUGCUGCUGAAGGCCAGAGCUGAGGAUAACGGCCGUCGCUUCUUUUGCUCUGGGGCCCUGAAGGUGGCCGGGAAAGUGCUGUACAAGAACCAGACCCAGCAGCUCGCCGUCCUGUAUGGCCCCCGACUAGACGAGAGCAGCUGCCCCAGGAACUGGACCUUGCCAGAGGGGUCCCAGCAGACCCUGAGGUGCCAGGCCUUGGGGAACCCACCCCCCCAGCUCCGGUGUCACCGCAGGAGCGACAAUGCUUCGCUGCCCAUCGGGAGCCCGGGACCUGUCAGGCGGGAGCUGGAGGGCACCUACGUGUGCCGGGCCGUGAGCUCCCGCGGGGAGGCCACCCGGGAGGUGCUGGUGACAGUUCUCUACGAUCAGGGUAAGAUGAUCAUCGUCAUUGCGCUGGUGACCAUAGCAGGCAUCGUGGGCUUUGCAGCCUUAGCCGCGUAUUUAUAUAACCGGCAGCGGAAGAUCAGGGAAUACAAGCUACAAAAGGCAGCCCAAACCCUGCUACUGAAGCCCAAGCUACCGCUGCCAGAGCCCGGACCAAACCCAGUUCCCCCACAGCAGCAGCAGCAGCAGUGCUGAACUGAACUGAACCCUUGACAUGCACCUUGCAGCUCUGCACACCUCCUCGGGUGACAGAGGACAGGAUGGAGGCCUCAGGUGGCAUUUGGGAUCCUGGCGUCGGCACGAGUGGGGUCCCAGGGCUGUGCAGCUGACCUGUAGCCCUGGGACUGAGCGUAAAAGCGAGAAGCCUGGAGAAUGAGGCUGGGCAUGAGAACCCCAGCAUUCUGGAGUCGGAUCACCACAGGUCUGAGGCCAGCCUGAACUGCAUCGUGAGACCCUGUGUCAAAGCAAACAGAAAGCCUUGGGCAUGUCUGUGGUGGAUGUUGAAGUCCGGCCUGGACAUAGGGGCAGUGACAGAGACACCAGCCUGUGGUUUUAUGGACCAAUAGCCAGAAAAUGUGGAAACUCCCUCCCUGUUGGAUGUGCAGAGGCCCCACAGCCCUAGGAGGAGUCACCUGCACGGAUCCAUACGUGGAGCACUGAAACACAGAUGCGCUUGCUUCCUGUGGGAGAUGCCAGCUCUGGUACUACUGUCCGUUAACCGUGCCCAACUCUUGCCAAUGAUGUAUUUAUUAUGUUUUUUAUUUUUUUAAACUUUUAUAAAAAGUUUUUAUAAA